AUGCAGGGCCGUAUCACCAAAGUGCUUAAUAUGAAGCCACCCGAGAUCCUCGGUAUGAUCGAGGAAGCUGCUGGCACUCGAAUGUACGAGAACAAAAAAAUUGCGGCUCUAAAAACGAUGACAAAGAAGGAGAAGAAAGUAGAUGAGAUCAAUAGUAUCUUGGCCAAUGAGAUCACGCCAACACUCGAGAAACUUCGAGCUGAGAAGACCCACUAUCUAAAAUGGGCGGCCAACAACACAGAGAUGGAAAGGUUACAGAGAUUUUGUGUGGCAAACGAAUACCAAAAUGCACAAGACGCACUGAUGAAUACGGCGCACCACGUCGAAAAGAUGCAGCAAGACCAACGUGCAGCAAAAGAGCAGGAAGUUCAAAUUGAACAGGAGAUUGAGCAGAUUAGUGGUGAAAUUGACGCACUACACGAACAGCGCGAAAAGAAAAUGGGCAAAGAGUUUCAGCAGCUAAAAGAAAAUGUCGAGAAAAUUGGUAAAGAGGUUGUCAAGUUCACGACUAAGUUGAAACACUGCAAAGCUUCGAUCGAACAACAAGUAAAUGCUGAGUCUGGUAUGAAUGAGCAGGCAGCAGAGACUGAACAGGCCAUGGCCAAACUUGCGCGCAAUAUUGAAAAGGCGAAGAUGAAGGUGAAUGAGGUCGAAGAAUCUUUUAUCACCAAAGAGGCAGCGGCAAACGCAUACCAGCGUCAAAUUCAGGCUUUAAAUGCUGGUAUGGAGCAAAGUGGAGAUAACGAUGAAUCUUUAUCGGAGCGUCUAGCAUCAAAGCAGCGUGAGUUGCAGGAAAACAACACUGCGAUAAAGCAAAUCAAUUUGAGAUUAAAGCACAUGGAAGAAAGCAUCAAACACAAGCGCCGCGAGAUUGAGCAGACGCGCAUUAACAAUCGCAGCAUGGAUGAGGAGCGUAAACACAAAUUAAACGAGCUCGAGCAUAUGCGAGCCAAGGUCGACCAAGUCACGAUAAAUUUUAAUCCGGAUGAAGAAAGUGGCCUACAUAAACGCGUUCAAGAACUUCAAGAACAUAUCCUUCGAGCUGAGAGAGAAGUGGAUGAGAUAUCAUCAGGUCUGUCAUCCCGACUAGAUUUUAAGUAUACAGAUCCGUACCGCAAUUUCCACCGGGAAAGCGUAAUGGGUGUGCUGGCUAAUCUCCUUGAGACAAAACACGAGUGGUCCGCGCUUGCUCUUGAGAUUGCAGCAGGAGGAAAGCUAUAUCAGAUAGUGGUGGACAAUGAGAAGACUGCCAAAGACAUCCUCAAAUUUGGUCGUCUCAUGAACCGCGUCACAAUUAUCCCACUUAACCGUAUUUCGCGUCAGACUGUGGAUCGUCGCAAGAUGGACAAGGCUAGACAGGUUGCCCAUCAACAAGGUGGCAAGGUCUGGGAAGCAAUGGAAUUGAUUCAAUUCAAGCCAGAGCUUUUGCCAGCAAUGGAGUACGCAUUCGGCUCUUCGAUCAUUUGUGAUACAAGCGAGCUUGCCAAAAAUAUCACUUUUCAUCGGGAAAUCAAAAUUAGAACCGUGACUCUUGAUGGCGAUUCCUAUGAUCCAGCUGGUACUCUUCAAGGUGGUUCUGCCCCAUCUAGCGGCACGCCUAUUCUUUUAAAGCUUCACCAGCUUAUAAAUCGCACGCGCGAGCUCAGCGACAUGCGUCAUGAGUACCAAGAUUGCUCUCGUUCCCUGGAUAACAUGAAACAGGAGUCUGGUCACUUUCGUCAGCUUAAACACCAAAUAGAGCUGAAGAAGCACGAGCUAAGCUUGCUCGAUGAGCGUAUUGCUGCCAGUGUUUUUGCGCAAUUAGAGCGCGAGGUUGCUUCGUCAGAAGACCAGUACGCAAAGGACAAAGAGCUAUUAGUCACAAAAAAGAAAGCUGUAACUCAUCUGUCGAGAGAAGUCAAGGAUCUGGAUGCUGACAUCACAAAUUUAAAAGAUUCACGCCAGUCCAAGAUUGGCGUGCUAGAGAAGCGAUUUGUGGAGGCGAAGAAAGAGGCUCAAAGUAUUAGUGCACAACUUAAAGCUGUUCAGCAGGAACUGUCUGAGCUGGUUUUAGAGUUGGAAUCUGCUGAACAAGAACUUGCAGGCAAUAACGAAAGCGUGGCGAAUAUUCAGAACGAACUUGCGGCUCUUCGCAAAGAGGAGAAGAAGGUUGAGGAUAAACUUGCACAAAUUCAGGAAACGUAUGAGAAGGCGUCGCAAAAGCUUGAGAAGCGAAGGAGCGACCUUAGUCUUAACGACCAGCAGCUGAAAGAGCUCAGUGCCCGUCAGAGUGCUCUUUCCAACAAGAAAAGUGAUCUGGAGAUCGAGCGCAAGAAGGCAGAGCAUAAAAUUUCUCGAAUGGAAAAGGACGAAAACGAUGCCAAGUUGACGGUCAAGAAAUUGGAAAAGGCGCAUCCAUGGAUUGAUACUGAGAAGGAAUUUUUCGGCCGCGAACAUACAGAUUAUGACUUCAAACGGAAAGAUCCCUCGAUGGCGAAUCGGCGUUUGUUAGAACUUAAAGAAACACAGGGUGUAUUAUCGAAGAAAAUCAACAAAAAAGUCAUGGGUAUGAUUGAAAAGGCUGAGCAGGAAUAUCAGGGUCUGAUGAACAAGCGUCACAUCAUCGAAAAUGAUAAAGAAAAAAUUACGUCGGUCAUCAAAGAACUUGAUGCAAAGAAAAAUGAGGCUCUGAAGACAACGUGGGUAAAGGUCAACAAGGAUUUUGGCUCGAUUUUUGGGACGUUGCUGCCCGGAACGCACGCAAAGUUGGACCCGCCCAAAAACGGAACAAUUCUUGAUGGACUUCAAGUGCGCGUCUCGUUCGGUGGUGUUUGGAAAGAAAGUUUGACGGAGCUUAGUGGUGGUCAGCGUUCACUGCUCGCGCUGUCACUGAUUUUAUCGUUGUUGCUAUUUAAGCCUGCGCCAAUGUACAUUCUUGACGAAGUUGAUGCAGCGCUGGAUUUAUCGCACACUCAAAAUAUUGGUCAGAUGAUCCGAUCGCACUUCUCGCACUCACAGUUUGUCGUGGUUUCACUGAAGGAGGGUAUGUUUAACAACGCAAACGUAGUCUUUCGGACUAAAUUCGUUGAUGGUGUCUCGACGGUAACUCGUACGGUUCCGAAGUCGCGCACUCGAUAA